CGUUGUCGUUUCCUACACGAGUUCGUAGUGAAAACACUAUUUAUUUGAUGCGAUAAAAAGCCCGCACUUUUUGCGGAACUCCGGGGCAAUUGGCUUGGUGCUCAGUCGGUGUUAGGAGCUGAUAAAAGGCGGUUUAAUUGCCUCACUGAUUGGAUUAGUUCGCAAUAUGGAUUGUAGAAUUUUACUUUGUUUCGCUGUUAUAUUCAGCAGUCACGUACUAGCCUAUCGAAUAAAUAAGGAAGAUUUACCAAACGAUAGCUUCUAUGAUGACGACGAUUACGAUUAUUCCUACGACGACGUGGACACACGAAAAGAAAAUAAUGUAAAACCAAUUGAACAAAAUAAAAACAACACCACACCGAAAACAGCAACAUACGAGGUAACUGAAGAUGUUGACGAUAUCCCAAAUCCUAGCACCAAAUUCGGUCCGAUAUUUACGAAUUUCUCUACACCAAGACCUUUAAACAAUGCAAGUUUAAACGUUCAACGUCCUACAGAAAAACCAGACAGUAAUUCUGAAAGUAACGAUUUAAAUAAUCCCAAUGAAGGUAAAGGUAAAAAAAACUCAUAUAGUAUACUACACGUGAAAGCCGAGUAUGACGAUCCACCAAACACACCUUUAAAUUGGGGAGACAGUCAUGUACAUAAACUUGGUAUAAAAGAUUACAUUUAUGGUAUAUCGAAAGGUAUUUAUAAUAAAAUAACAAAGUUAUUUAAUAAACAUGAUUGUAAUGAUGAUAAACAUGUAUUUAGAACAGAUGACUUUGAAGAAUCACAUAAGUUUCGAAGCGAAAAUACCAAGACGGAAAAUGGACAGAACUUUGUACAUGAAGUUCACGGUGAUACUUAUUUACUUAGUGAUUACGAAUAAAUA